UAAGGCACAGAGACACUAAAUCCUAGCAGGUGCAAAGACUCUCUCACAUCUGAAAAUGGUAGUUCUGGUAGAAUACCAAAUAAUUAGCCCAUGUGUACCUGGGCAGUACAUGUGCCUGUAGUGUCUGCUCUGUGUAAAUUAUUUAAACACAUUUUCAUCACACRACUCUGUAGUGCCUGAGUAUUAACACUGGCUGGUUUCCUGGCCAGCCUUAUUCCCAGCAUGUCAUGUGGGGCAGUGAGCAUCCUCACAGCACUUUCAUAGUAAGGUGAUGGAAAAUGAAUUUAAAGUCUUGAAGUGCAAGGGUCAGAAUUUCUUAUCUCUGAAAAUCCCCCAAAAAUACUGGGUAGUUUGAAGAGAGGUUUGAGGCAGGUGCAGGUUGUCAUGGUUGCUGCUGAUGUCAUAAUCCCAAAAUGACCUAUGGAUACCCUGUGAAGGCAGUUCCACAUCCUCCAUGUAGUUCCAUCAUUUUCAAUGCAUCCCUAGUCGAUCAGGCAGGUGAGUCUCAACCAUACCUCGAGCCUAAUYCAAUGAAGUGAGUCCUUCCCAGGGGAUGAGACCUGCCUUCUCCCUGCUGCCAGUGUGUGUUAGGGAGCCCUCUGAGCUGUUGGCUUUGCCUGUCUCCUGCAGUGGRCUGGUAUUUCACAGCUAAUCCUCUUCCUUCUGAAAGAGGUGUAAUAGUUGUGUGUACAGAAUACAUGGUUGGGUAAAUCAAAACUUURUUUUGAAUUGGAAUUAAAAAGCUUGACCCAGCUACUCAGCUCUGGUAUAGAAAUUAUUUUGCUGUACCUCAAGAUCUAAUCCUGCUAACACUGCUGUCCAUGACAGCAGGUGGGCCCUUGCCAUGGGAAGCUACAUUUUUUUUAACCUGUGGAGAGAAACUGCAGCCUAUGGGAUGUUGGACCAGGUCAAAUAGGGCUUUUAGUCCUCCACAACUGCCAACAGGUUGGACACAUUGGAUUCAAGGAAGGAUGGAUGGAAUUUCCAGCUUUAGGCAUUGCAGAGGAAGGAGAAGGAAAUGUAGUGAGGAAAGUGGACUAUAACAGCAGGUUGGUAGGCCCGUGUUCACUAUCAUAUAGUUGGAUUUUGUUGAUGAGAAGGCAGUAAGUCCUUUUGAAUUUGCUAUGUCCAAAAGUAUGUAAUUGUUCCUUCUCCCUCCCCUGUCACCUCUUUCUAUUGUACCAGACUGCAGAGGUACAAAGCUUGUUUUUGGGAGGUCCAACCCCAAAUAGCACAUGGCUGCAAUUUGUGAAUCUUUCAAAACUAUUAUUUUCAUAUUCAUUUGGUGCCACCAAACUCAGCACUGGCUAUUCAGAGCAGCAGCUGUUGCUAUUUCUGAGCCUGUGCUGUGCAAUUACCUUUGCUACAGCCACCCCCUCCACUCCUUUCCCAGCAGCACGGUAAACUGACGUGUGAGAGAACGCUAUGGCAUCAAAGGAGCCGGCCUCCCUCGUGGACAGAACCACCUGGGACUUCCUCAAUCUCCUGGACAUGCUGGGGAGCCGGAAUGGACGGGUGGGUGUGAUGGAGGUGGACCAUGCUGAGUCAAGAGCUCCCUCAUUGCUGGUGGAUUUUACCCGGGACCUGUGUGGCACAGAGGACAUCAAGCACAAACCACAGCAGGCAGAGAAUGAGGGAAAGGAAGAGGAGGAUAUGGUUCCACCACAUCUGAUUUUUAUGCUGUGGCAAGCCAGUGUAUUGAAAAGGCUCAUGGAGUGGGAUAACCUGGAGGAGGCCGUCCGSGAUGUGAGGAACCUCCUCCCCUGCCUGCCGGAGGUACUGGUGCUUGUGAUGAUCCGUCCUGACUCCCAGGAGCAGCUGGACCAGGCAGUGAAAGCACUGAGGAGAAUGCAGUGCGUGCUGGAUGGGGCCUUGCAAGUGACCGUGGAGACAGCAAUCUACAGCCCAGGCCAGCCUGGAGGUGUCCUAGAGGCAAAGAGAGCUGCCUGUAGGGCACUGAGAGAAGCCUUAAACUGCCAUGAAGAAGUCGACUCCCAGGAGCCAUUCGUUAUUUCACUCCCAGAGCUCAGAUACUGCCGUGUUCUGCCUGAACCUAGGCAAGAGAAGGUAUCAAAGACAGAUGGAGAAUGAUUUCCCUUGGGCAGCAGAACCUGUCAGGUUGGUUCUAGCACUGUCAUCCUGGAUGUCCCUUUGCAGAACACUUCCCUCCUGGUGCCUUGCUUGUCUGCCCAGACCUUCUGCAUGGAUGUGAUUCAGUGUUGAUCCGCUGCCAGAAGGGGACACUGUGCUCUCAAGCAUCACACAGUCCUUGCCACAARGCUCAGAGUUCUUUGCCACAUUGGCUGAACAAUCUGCCCCGGGAAACUUCUAUCAAAAAUGAGUUUUUGCUUUGCAUUAAAUGCCKUACUUAAUUAUCAAGAUAUCCCUAAGAAACCUGUCCUAAAAAAAAAAUAGCUAAAGAACUGUCAGCAGAGAGGGAAUCAGAGCAGGCCAGAGGCCUCUGGAUUUUAAACUGUCCCAAAACUGRAACAGUGAAAGAAAUUCAGACUAAGGCCUAAGACCAUGUUUUCCCAGGCAAAGCUGGAUUCAGGAGUCUUUGGUACAUGGUUCACAUCAGCAACAAAUCUCCUCAAACUCCCCAGUGUUYUUUGUAGCAGGGAUUCAACCUUACAUACAAGCGGAUACACAUCCAGCAGUUGAAUUAUUGGGAUGGGUUAUUUUGGAUGGGAGGAACUAUGGGAGCAGUAAAUUAUUUUUAAGUCCUGGUACUCAGAUAGAGUACAUCCUCUCUGAGCAUGGCAAAGCACUAUAGGUGCCACUGCAUUUUUUUUUUGCAUUGGGAAUUUAUAUGUAUUUUUUCUUUGGUGUUUUUUGUAGAUCUUUUGUCAUCCUAAGAUCUUCAUUAUCGUCAAAAGGAGGAUUAAAAACCUGAUAUUU